AUGCCCUGGGCCCGCAACUCUCGCGGAAACCCAACAGCAACACAAUGCGGAACCAACUACAACCACACCGCACUCCCACAGUCCAACGCCAUCAGAAGCAACACCAGCGCCGCGCCGUACGGCGCUUCCACUCGCGGUAGAGCAACACCGAACAGACAGAGUAAUUACGCCCAACAAACUUCUAAUCAAGGAAGAACAACAUGGAAUAGACACGGCAGCUACGCCCAGCAAAGUUCCCAUCACGGAAGAACAGCACCAUCAAACAGAUAUGCCAGAUGUGCACAAGCCACCAAUGCCAGCGGGACACGCAUAUCGCAGCCCCGAAAUUAUGCCAACACCGUUGCUUCGAGAGCAUAUAGCCAGCGCUCUCCGUUCAGCCAGGGCGCUCGUACCGCUGCAUCGGCGCAAGGCGCACAACGCACAGUUGGGAAUCAGAACCGUGGUGAAGUUAGUGUCGAGAAUGCAGCUUCCGGUACGAGAGGAGCUACAGCUGUGCAAGGACGAGGCGCAGACAAGGGAUACUCUAUUGUUCCGGCUUCGCGUGCUGGGGGUGCUGCAUGGCAAGGGGGAAGUGGGGGACCGGGGGUGGUGGGGUAUUCGUACGAGAGUGUGCAGCUGGGGGGACGGGGAGGGAGUAGGUGGAGUAGGCUUAGGAUGUUUGUGUGGCGUGGGGUUUCUGGGAGGUGA